AUGGGGCAGGCAUUUGAUCGCCACUUCUUAGGACUGAAAAUCAGCGCUGAGCGUAUAGGCAUGAAGACCCCGUCUUUGUUCGAGGAUCAGGGAUUUCUCCGUAUGGGACACUUUGUGCUCUCAACUAGUACUCUUUCCACCAACACCAUUGUGUUUGGAGGUACCCAAUUCUCAGUGCAAUCUUUCCGCAAUGUUUGCCCGUUGCAGCGUUUCUUAUCAAUUGCUUCAGGAUUCGGCCCCGUGGUAGAGGACGGUUUCGGUAUCGGGUACAACGUAUCAUCAUCUCGGCUAGGUGCCGUUAUCUCUAGUCAAAAGAAACACCGAGACGCCAAGGAAUUCAGCCAGGCUCUCGUGAAGAAUUUGGAUAUACUGCGAAGUAUCAUGAAUAAGCCUUGA